AUGGCAGUGCUGGAAGGGUACAUACAUACUUAUGGGCAUAACUUUGGAAACGAUAUGUCGAGCUUGGGAUGCCCUUAUCAUGGAGCAACUAAUCAUGAAUUGCAGAGUUGUGAUAAAUUUAAGGAAGAAGUCUGGAGGAUGAUAUCACUUAAAAUCUUGAGGUGCCAAUUAAAAUCAAAAGAAGAAAAGGAAGUAAACACUGCCAUUUAUGGCAAAGACAUCUUAAGAUCUACUCCAAAAAUAGUUUUUUCUGUUUCCACCACAUCAACCCCACCAGCACCACCUCUGACAAUCAUACGUAACCCACCACAGCUGCCUAUUACCAAUACCCAUGUUGUGCCUUGGAAUUAUAAUUUCCAAGUUUAUGCACAGACUGCAUCCAGUAGUACUUCCAUCCCUACCCUCAAUCAUACCUACACUCAACCUAUCACCACCCCUAAACCAUGUUUCACCCCUCAUGCUCACUUCAAAAUGACCAAUACAGGACCCUCCAAUGACUCUGCUCCCCAAUUCAUAUCAGAACCUACCCUAACAAAUGACUCUCCAAAUCCAGAAGUAGAAUUUAUUACUAGAAGUGGGAGGUGUUACAGCACUGAGGAAAAGAAAAGUAAAGAGAAAGCAGAAGUAGGAGAGUCACCUGAGAUUGAGGAAAAGGUGGGAAAAGUAGUAGAGGAGGGGGAAUCCAGUGGGAGAAAGGAAGAAGAUGAACUACUGUUACAAAUCAUGAAGCAGAGUGAGUACGAUGUUCUGGACCAGGCCUUUGUAACCUUGGACAUCACACUGGGGCAAUUUGAAAAGAUAAUCGGACAAAUUCAGGCAUUUAAUUUCGUCACUUUCUCAGAAGAUGAAAUAGACUCGGCUAGCUUGAAGCACACCAAAGCUCUACAUGUGACAGUUAAGUGUAAAGGAUGUUUGGUUGCUAAAGUCCUAAUUGAAAAUGGCGCAGCACUCAAUGUCUUGCCCAAUGAAACCCUAGCAAAGGUCCCGGUAGACCCAUCUGGAGUACGCCAAAGUUCCAUAAUUGUGAGGGCAUUUGAUGGCAAGAAGAGAGAUGUGUUAGGAGACAUUGAUUUGCAGCUUCAAAUAGGGGCAUGUACUUUUAAUGUAACAUUCCAGGUAAUGGAUAUUGAACCAGCAUACACUAUGUUUUUGGGAAGGCCCUGGAUCCAUUCAGCAAAUGCGGUGCCUUCAACUCUACACUAG